GAAGAGAAAAGAGUCACGCCGGGCAGUAGACAGCCGCCUGCAAAAGCAUAGGAGAGGAACGAGUCUCGCAACUCGAGACCACGGGGUCUACUGCUGCUAUGCCGAGCUCCUCGAUCGCAUUAAAGUAAGUGUUUCCUUUUGGUGCUGUUCCAAUCUUUCGGCCGCUAGAAAUCAGGAAAGAUGGCUUUCACUUGACAGCCAUUAAGUUCGAAGACUCACUGCCGAGUCGAAGAACUGGAUCGAGAGAAAACAAGCGGAAAGAACGGUGGAAAAAACUUUCCCGUACAUGACAUGAUCGUGGCGGCAUCUAGGCCGUUACAUCCUGUACGGUCGGAUGUGUGUCAAUACCUUCCUGGUACUGUAUGUACGCAUCACGGGCAUAUUCUGGUUCAGGGCCUAUAUUAUUGCGGAUGGGUUGAUUGGCUCGCGUUGUUCUUCAUUGAAUUUAUCCCAGAGCGAGCAAGGAAAGAGGGCGGGCGGUGUGACGUAAAAGCAUAUAGCUGGUGGAUGGAUGCUGCUCGGGAUUGAAUUGUUCUCCUCGCUUUUCUCCUCUCCUGGCAUUGAUUUCCAUCAAGAAUCCGCACGGAAAGAGCAGGGCAUUUUUUCUUUUCCCUUCCCUUUCGCUGGAGAUCUCUCACCUCCUUGAAUCACUCCCAGGUUUCGGUCCAUCGUAGAGGAUUUAAUUGAAUCGAAUCGUGUCGCUGCUGCAAUCCAGUCGCUCGCGCGAAUCCGUGCGCCGAUGCCCUGCGCCGGCAUUUGUUGCGAGACUCUCUCGCCUUAAAGAGGGAAGACCACACAAAUAGGGGAGAAGGAGGAAGCGAUGGGGAAUUUGAUGUCUUGCGUUUUAAUCUGUGGAGCGAUGGAGGUCGUCCAGGUGGUGAACACGAAUGGCAGAGUAGAGCGGCUAAUCCGCCCGAUUCGAGCGGCGGAGCUCAUCUGGGCGCAGGAGAAGUACAGAGCGGGGGCGCUGGCAGCAGGUCUAAACUCCAUUCCCAAUCCAUCCCUCUCCACUCUUCCUUCUUCGUCCUCGUCCUCGUCUCCUCCUCGCUCAUCGUCAACAGAGGAGGACAAGCUCAAGCUUGCCAAAUGCCUCAGCGCCGAGGAUUCCAAUCCCAAAUUCCUGCUGCUGCCGCUGGAUCCCUCCGCCGCCACCACCAGGAGCUCCAGCGCCGAGGUGGGGUGCCGUGCCUACAAGUUCCAGUGCCACUCGCAGGAGAAUGUGAGCGUCGCCGCCGCCGCCCAUCACGAGGUCAAGAGCUCCAAGCAGCAGCGGAGCCGUUCCAAGAGUGACGCUCCAGCUCCGCCACCCCCGCCCAAACCAGCGGCGGAGCAAUCCACUCGCGGCGCCGCCAAUCACCCGCCAUUCCGGGUGAAGAAGGAAGGCGGGGUGACGACGCUGGUGGUUUCCAAGCGCUACUUGGAGCAGCUCUUGGUGGAGAAGGAGAUGAAAGCGGCGGACGCGGUGGCGGCGGCGGAUAUUCUCCAAGAUCACAACUAUCUUCCGCGUAAGGUUGGUGGCGGCGGUGGCGCCGCCAAACACUCGCGGAGAUCUAGCAGGUCUUCUUCUUCUUGUGGUUCUUCCUCCGGCUCGUCUUCCGGAAGAUCGGGCAUUUGGAGGCCUGCGCUGGAGAGCAUCUCCGAGAGUCACAAUGCGCAUGGUGGUGGUGGAGAUCAGAUUGGUUCUGGUAGCCAUAGCCAUAGCCACCACCACCACCACCAGCAGAGACAAAGCGUUGCGAGGAAUUGAUCGCGUUCUUUUGGAACGAUCGAGCCGACAGUUUUUAGCGAUGGGCGAUGGGCUGCUUGCUCCGAAUCGAUCGAUAAUCGGACGUCGUGAACAUAUGGCAACAAAAAGUUCGGUUCCUUUUUUUUUUUCCCUUCUCUCUCUCUCUUCUCUAAAAUCAACUCUUUUGUAAAUAUCAAAGCUUAUGCCUAGAGAAUUUGGAGCCAGAGCUUAUGAUCUAUAAUAUUUAGUAUCUGUUCUUGUCUAUUUCUCGCGUUCCUCUCGAGAUCAUUUUUUGUGUUCUUUUGGGGCUCUGCUCCGAAACCAUGUAUUGCGUUGGAGAAAUCAAUCCAAAGUUAUUGUCCAUGUC